GUCACUACCGGCAUGAUUCGAGAUGCCAGGAUGUGCGCCGCUCGAUGAAUGAAAAUGAACGGCAAACUUAAUUCAUUCAUUCAACUUUUCGACGAAAUUUGACAGUGUUUGCCAAGCAUUACAUGUUCGCUUGCUCUACCAGGUGUACGUGUGCAUGUGUGUUACUGUAGCUGGAAAUAAUUUUGCUUGAAAGUGUGUGCACUCGUUUGUGCGCCUGCAUACCCAACUCCAGCUGCAGUCAAGUGUGUUUAUGUGUGUGAAGAGUCCUGUGUGCCAUGUCAGUAUCAGUGAUCAUAAAGUGGGGAGGUCAGGAGUACUCCAUCAGUUCUUUGUCUGAGGAGGACACAGUGAUGGACCUGAAACAGUCCAUAAAGACCUUGACUGGGGUGCUGCCAGAGAGACAGAAACUACUGGGACUCAAGGUCAAAGGUAAACCUGCAGAGGAUGAGGUGAAGCUGGGUUCACUGAAGCUGAAGCCUAACACUAAGAUCAUGAUGAUGGGUACCAGAGAGGAGAGCCUGGAAGAGGUUUUAGCCCCUCCCCCAGAGAACGAUGACGUAGUCAAUGAUUUUGACAUCGAGGAGGAGGUCAUUGAAGUGGAGAACAGAGAGGAGAAUCUGGCUAAGAUUGCCCGCAGAGUGAAAGACUAUAAGGUGGAGGAGAUGAACUCUCCCAGAGAAGGCAAGGGGCUUCUGGUACUGGAUGUGGACUACACACUGUUCGAUCACAAGUCAUGUGCAGAAACGGGUCAAGAGCUGAUGAGACCGUACCUUCACGAGUUCCUGACGUCAGCCUACGAGGACUAUGACAUUGUUAUCUGGUCUGCUACAAGUAUGAAGUGGAUUGAUGCCAAAAUGAAAGAGCUGGGAGUGACAGACAACCCUAACUACAAGAUUACGUUCAUGCUGGACAGCGCAGCAAUGAUCACGGUACAUACCCCUAAGAGAGGGGUUGUGGAGGUGAAGCCCCUGGGUGUGAUAUGGGGGAAGUACGGAGAUUUUUACAACAGAAAGAACACCAUAAUGUUUGACGACAUCGGACGAAACUUCCUCAUGAACCCACAGAACGGACUAAAGAUCCGACCCUUCAUGAAGGCCCAUCUUAACAGAGAGAAGGACAGGGAGCUCUAUAAACUGGCUCAGUACCUCAAAGAAAUCGCCAAGCUUGACGACUUCAGUGGACUCAACCACAAACACUGGGAGAGGUACCUAUCUAAGAGGCAGCACCACUGAGGAGGGACUGCAUCCUCGGCAAAGACUCGGGCUGGACACUACCACCCCAUCAUCCAGUUCACACACACACACAACACACACACACACACACUCACACUUGGCUAAUACAAGCCCUUUGACACAUAAUGAAAUCAAAUCCAACACUAACCCUGCAGCCACCAACACUCAAAAGCUCAGGACUAAGAUGGGCUUCCCAAUUUAUAUAUUUGCAUGUUCUCUCCCAAAUCACAAUAAUAACGGCAGUUGCCGCCCGUCUGUGUGGUGAUCAUAGAAUAAACCUGUGUGGGUUAACAAAAACUACCCCUAGGUUUGAGGCCACAUGCCACAAUUCACCGUGACCCAUGAACUUCUACAUGUAUAUUUUUGAACACCUGGACAUAUUUGAGAUCUUUUAAACCUGCUUGGCCUUACAGAUGGGUUGAGUUUACAGCAUUUUCACAUUAUAGGUAGUGUGAAGUUGCUCAUCUUUCACUAAAAAGUAGGCAUACUUUACUCUGACUAUCAAGCCUCUCUGCUAUACCAAGCAGCAACAACAAAAAAGCCGAUACAAAUGUAAUUUCACAAAGGUUAAGGUCAAUAAGUGGUGUCCUCCUGCCCUGUACGACGUUGAGUUGUUGCCUAUUGCAUACACCGAAGGGACUGAGAGUAACCUUCGAAAAUCCAAUAUGCUUAAAUAAUCAUGUUUGAGAAAGACGGAUUGAAAAUGAUUGAAUGUACAAUUCAACAGGAAAGAUUAAGUUUAACAAAUAUAAUUUUGACUGUAGUACAUCUGGGAUGUUAAUUAUGUGCAAAUGAUAUUGAGAGGAAGAUAAAUCUAAGUCCAUGAGCAUCUAACUGAUGCGUGCAACCACACAAUUUGACGUGCGAUAAUAUGCAAUAAUCCUCAAACCUACAGUACCAUUAACAUCUUUGAUAUCCAGACGGGUUGUAGCGGAAAUUGGUUCAUCAAAAAAAUCGACUUCUCGCGUUUUGAUGGAAAAGUUGUUGCAUGCAGGCGUCUCUGGACACAGGCCUGUGGGCUGCAGCAGGUCGUACACAUACACAUACUGUAGGCACGCCCAUCAGGUUUCAAUGGGUGUGUGUGCUUUGCCCAUUGCUACAUGCCAGCUCUGUUACACGCAAAGGAUUGGAAGGAUUUUUUUAUGCAGAAUUUAUUAGUUAAUUACUGUUUAGGUGAAUUCAAAUGUUGAUGAACAAAGUGAAGACGAGUUAUGGUGCUGAGAAUGCAAGAAACUGACAGCACAAAAUGUGCAUUUUCUUUUGUUUUUGUUUUGAUGGCUGCUUCAUUAAUGAAAUUAUUGUGUCUGUACUUAUUGUCAAUGUUGAUUUUAAGUUAUGGAUGAAGAAGCAGAAGGAUCGGGGGAAGGUGUGUCCCAUCUCUAUGAACAAGUAGCACCUGAAGCCCUUGGAAGCAUCAGGGAUGUGAUUUAUUUUCUUCUUCUGAUUUUGUCAGGGUUACAGCUCUCUCCUUUUCAUUUCUUGACAUGAUUUCUUGAGAUCUGCCUUUUUGUGCUUUUCUGCAUCACAUCGCUGACAUCCUGGCUGUAAAUAUGAGAAUAAACCUUUUUUUUUGUACCUAAAUUGCCUGAGUUGUUCAUCGUUCCUUAAGUCAUUA